AUGCAUUCAGCUACUCUCGUCAGGCUGCUACUGGCCCUCGCCGCCUCUGCAUCAGCCAUUCCCACCAAGCGUGCCCAGCCUGGAUCAGCGGCGUCGAUUCAGAACUUCAAAGACAAGAUCAAAAAUGUGGUUGUCCUAGUGAUGGAAAACCGCUCACUGGACAACCUUCUUGGCGGCCAGACGCUCAAAGGGCUGGAGAACCCAAUCAACAGUGGCCCCUACUGCAAUCCCUACAACCUGACCGCCGCGUCCGAGGGCAAUGUCUGCAGCGCCGCCAAAGACUACGACUCUGUAUCUGAUGACCCAGACCAUGGGGUCUAUGGAAAUAACCUUGAAUUCUACGGUACCUUCAACCCAGACGAAUCUCUCGUGCAGAGCGGCGCGUUGACGCCCAGUCAAAACGGAUUUGUCCAUGAGCAAAUCCGUCUGUAUGCUUCGGAUGCCAAUAGGUCGGAGCUGGCCACCCAAGUGAUGAAUUACUAUACCGAGGAACAGGUUCCUGUCCUCACGGCUCUAGUGCAAAACUUCCUGACCUUCAAUCACUGGCAUUCGGACGUUCCUGGGCCCACAAACCCAAACCGCGCCGCGCUAGUUUCAGGCACUACGUACGGCCACGGCUCAAAUGACGACUCCUUCACGGAGCACGCAUUCCCGCAAGUGUCCAUCUGGCAAGCCCUAACCGAGACCAACCACACCUGGCUCAACUACUGGGACACAGCUGGCGGCACUGGACCCGACGCCGGUUACUUCAACUGGACGUACAACACGGGCAACCAGGACAAAAUCGUCGAUCUUGAAACCUUCUACACUGAUGCCGCGGCCGGCACUCUCCCCGAGCUUGCUUACAUCAACCCGUCCUGCUGCGGCGUCGGCACAAACUCCAUGCACCCGAGCGGCCUCGUCUCAGACGGCGAGGCACUGAUCCGGCGCGUCUACGACGCCGCGCGCGCCGGCCCUCAGUGGAAGAAUACUCUCUUUGUGCUGUCGUUCGACGAGACGGGCGGCUUCCACGACCACGAUUAUACCUUCACAUUCAACCGUCUGGGUGGCCGGAUCCCGACGUUGCUGAUCUCGGACUGGGUGAGUGAGGGGUAUGUUGAGCAGCAGGGUACGAAUGCUGCUGGUGAGACCGUGUCGUACUCUGCUACGUCGAUUCUUCGCUCGCUUGGCUAUCUCUGGGGCUUUGAACCGUUUAAUCCUAGAGUUGAGCAUGCGCCAAGUUUCGAUCAUUUGAUUCAGACCAAGGCGAGGAACAAUACGCCGACUGCGUUGCCGACGGCUACUCCUUUUAAGCGUUAA